AUUACAGAAUUACAGCUAUUGUGGGAUAAAUGCUUAGAUACGAACCCUACCGUAUGUAGCGCAUGCUGUGAUGCUUUGCUGGCUUUAGUUAGCAAUGGUCAUGCUGAGUUUAGUUACAUACUUAACGGUUUGCUCAACAUCGUGCCAUCCACUAAAUGUUUGGCGGUGUUGGUACGAGCACUGAGUGAUCUACUGCUGAUGGAGCUGUCGGUGACUUUACAGUCGAUGAGUGUAGAUGUGUGUAGUUACCAGCCAUCAUAUUCUCUCAGGUCACCAACCCAUCCGUUUAUUUCAGUACUGACCAGUUCUCCCAAUAGUUGGUGCCACUUGAUAGACCAUACUUGUUAUAUUCUAAACCAUGGUAGCAGCAGAUAUGGUUCUUGUGUAGUUAAGUUAUUAGAGCCGUUUUUGAAGUAUGUGUUGUUAGAUCCAAACCCAUCAACAUUCCAUGGUCCUAUGAGAACCAUGCUAUGCUCAGUGUUGCUUCAGUUCUGUGCAACAAAUGUGGAGAGACGUGCUAAAUGCAGUGAAUGUGUCAAUUACUUGGUAGAUUUCAUGGUGUCUAUCAUACCAUGCCUGCAGGUUGAGCCAAUCACCAAUUUAUCAGAAACAAACCGUUAUUUGCAGAGUCUCACCAAUUUCAUCUUGCUGCAUCCACAGCUCUUUGAAAGUCACCUGACAACUCUCAUACUUAACAUACUUUGUAUUAUGAAGACACUUUUAGAGACGGGUGGUGAAUUGUCGCAGAUGUUGUUAUUAAUGCAGCGUAUAGCCGAGUCAAUACUGGUCGUAAACGAGACUACGUUUAUCAUGAUCAGUGUUUUAUUGAUGAAAAUGCCAACAAAUUAUGUCAAGGAAAUGCUUACGAUUGCUAAAAAUGUACAAGCGAAAAGUCUCCAUUCUUCAACUUCAAAGGCAAUGAUUCUACCACUACUGCAGAUAAUUUCAAUAUCUCAGACGUCUAUUGUCAUGGAUACCAAGCAAAAACAAAUCCUCCAGACUCUUGCGACAGAACUUCUUUUGCAAAUUGAUCAUAACACAAUGAAGCAUGGAAUAACGCCUGCAUCCAUAUCACUAGAACUACCAUGUCUUGAUCCCUGGUUCAGAAGAAUGCAGACUUGUGCCACCUAUGCAAAUCAGUUUCAAGAGGACUCAGACCUGGCUGCUGAUUGGUUGACAGCUAUCCAAUCAGAGUUGAAAAAAGGUGACAAGGUACCUGAUGAUGUCAUCAUCUUGCUUGUCUGUCUGCUGACCAACACCGGUUUAGGAUUGGUCGAUCGGUGUCUGGAGAUUUUGACAGAUAUUGCGAACAAAGAUGUUACUAAAGCACCAUAUUUCUUGUCUUUUCUUCUUUAUAUUCUGAGCAGAGUUGAAAAUUCCGAAAUUAAAUUGAAAUUGCUGUAUGCGAUGCCAGAGCUGGGAACACAUAAAGUAUGUGUUGGUCCCGUACUGAAAACUUUACAAACUUUAGCUGCAUUACCCAGCAUGCAACACAUUGGUAUAAGACUUGUAACGUCACUAUGGAAAUUGCAGGAUCGCUGUUUUCCGCACUUACAGAAGCUACUUGCAAUCCCAAACAAUAAAUCAACGUCCAGCGGUGACAUUGACAUAGUUUUACUCUCCAAGGCAACCUCUGUUAGGGAUAUAUGUACAGUGAG